AAAAUCGUUUGGAUCUAAUACGACGUCGUAUUUGCUGAACGCGACGCGACCACUGUGACACAGUCCACGAGUACUCCUAAAACAACCAAAACGCCCCCAAUCUGCAUUUCCGCCACCUCUCUCUACCAUGACCACCACCACCUCCACCUCCGCCGCCGCCACAGCCACAGCCACCGCAUUCCCUACAAAUCAGCAGCACAAAACACUGGUCCUCAAAUCGGCGAUCCUCUCUCGACUCCUCCUCCUAACUCUGAUCCUCAUCUGGCGCUCACUCCUCACACCUUACGACACCUCCGCUCCCCUAAACCCUAACUGCCUCGAAAUCGUAAAGGACCAGAACUCUGACUCUGAUGUAGUGCUAUUCCCGAAGCUCGCCUCCGCCAUCGAAAACGGCAUCGUAUGGGACUCCGUGUUCUUCGUCCGCGUCGCCCAAUGCGCCGCCUACGAGUACGAGCAGUCCUACGCUUUCCUCCCUCUCCUCCCUCUCUUCAUCUCCUUCCUCUCCCACACAGUUUUCGCGCCAUUGGUACCCUUAUUUGGUUACAGAGCUGUGUUGGGAUUGUCCGGCUAUUUCAUCAAUAAUGUUGCAUUUGUGUUUGCAGCUUUUUACUUUUACAAGCUUUCAGUUAUUAUUUUGAAAGACUCUGAGUUGGCACUACGGGCUUCGAUUUUGUUUUGCUUCAACCCGGCUUCGAUAUUUUAUUCAUCGAUAUAUUCAGAGAGUUUGUAUGCCCUGUUUUCGUUUGGAGGGUUAUACUACUUAGUAACUGGUGGAAAUACUGUUGCUGUUGUUUCGUUUGCUCUCUCUGGUUGUGCAAGGUCUAAUGGAGUGCUUAAUGCUGGUUAUUUCUGUUUCCAGACUAUGCAUCGCGCUUAUGAUGCACUAUUCCUCAAAAAGCGCACUUUUUUGACAAUACAGGUUCUUACAGCUGGAGCUUUGCGGUGUAUCUGUAUUUUCACUCCAUUUUUUGCUUUUCAAGCAUAUGGAUACUAUAAUAUAUGCCUAGGACGUGACUUACAUGAAAUGAGGCCCUGGUGCAAAGCAAGAGUACCUCUGCUGUACAAUUUUAUUCAAAGUCAUUAUUGGGGAGUAGGUUUCUUAAGAUAUUUUCAAUUAAAGCAGUUGCCAAACUUUUUACUCGCAUCCCCUAUAUUGUCUUUGGCGGUUUGUUCAAUUAUCUACUAUGCAAAGUCGAGGCCUGAAAUUUUUUUCUCCCUGGGGUUUCAAGCUUCUAUAGAGGAAAAAAAUUCUUCAGCUCUGCUUUUUUCUCUAGAGUCAGUUCCAAGAUCAAAUAUAGCUCGCCUGCUAGAGAAAUCUUACUCUAAGAUACAAGAAAAUCACAACCUUAGACAGAGGAAGCAUACGAAUAGAGUGGAUCCCGUUGCUCUCCCAAUAGAAAAUGAUCCAUUAGCAAAGCUGGGAUACUUGUCUAUCUCGGUUCUCCCAUUUAUUCUGCAGUUGGGAUUUAUGGCAGCUACGGCAUUUUUUGUCAUGCAUGUGCAGGUGGCUACACGUUUCCUGUCAGCCAGCCCUCCCCUUUAUUGGUUUGCCUCACAUUUAAUGGUACAUCCCGGUUCUAAGAGAUGGGCAUAUCUAAUUUGGGCGUACUCUGCAGCGUAUAUCCUUCUUGGUAGUUUACUCUUUUCAAAUUUUUAUCCUUUUACAUGAUAAGCUCCACUGUGGAACCCUUAUCAUGUGGACUAAGUGAGAGCUUUUCCAAGUGCACAAGGGUUUGUGCCAUUCUCCUCGGCUUGGAUUGAGUUCACGAAUUGAUUGUGGGAGUUAAAAUCGAGUUCUGUUGUAUUAUCAUUGUAUAGCACUACUGCUGUGAUACGAUUUUUUUGCAUGUAAAUGAGUCUUAGAUACAGCAAGAUUUGUGAAGCUGCUCCUGUAUAUUUGGAAUGAUGUUUUGUUGAAUCUGUGUAAAGCAAAUGCGCUUUAACGUUUAGCUUUACUCUGUGGGAGCAGGGACUGUACAGCGGCACCUAGCAUAGACUCACCCAAGGCCUGUAACAAUCCAAGAUUAUAAAUUUAUAAUUUCUUUUUUCUAUUA